UCCCGGGGUGAAAACUAAACAGAAAAAGGCGGGGAUAGUUUCUUUGUGUAGGCAGCAACGUGAAGAAAACAAACGUACCCGGGAACACGGUGCAGGGCGAGGAGACGGAACGAGGUCGGCACAUGAAGUUAGCAGACAGUUAGCAUGGACUCUACAGGACAAUAUUCCUAACCUGGAUGAAUUCUUUCCAUCUGUGGACACUUCCGGACUAGAGGAAUAUUAAUAAGACAGGAAAGGACGGGGACUGAAGGUUUAGGACAGCCUCCAGCUCAUCUGUGGGACGAGACCCUUCUGACUUCAGGACGUCCGUCUGGAAUUAGUUCCCCCUGAAGAACAAGAAUGAGUUCUCCACAAAAGAAACAGAGAGGAGAGGUACCCAAACGUCACCACUGUCAAGACUGUGACAAAUCCUUCACAACAUCUGGAUAUUUAAAGAUUCAUCAGAGAGUUCACACUGGAGAGAAUCUACACAGCUGUGAUCAAUGUGGGGCAGCUUUCACACGAAAGAGUAACCUAAAAAACCAUCAAAGCAUUCAUACUGGACAGAAUCUUCACAGCUGUAAUCAAUGUGGGGCAGCUUUCACACAACAGAGUGACCUAAAAAGACAUCAAGGCAUUCACACUGGAGAGAAGCCGUACAGCUGUAAUCAAUGUGGGACAGCUUUCACACGACAGAGUGACUUAAAAAAACAUCAACGCCUUCACACUGGACAGAAUCUUCACAGCUGUGAUCAAUGUGGGGCAGCUUUCACAAACCAGAGCAACCUAAAAUUACAUCAACUCAUUCACACUGGAGUGAAGCCGUACAGCUGUGAUCAAUGUGGGGCAACUUUCAGACGACAGAGUGACCUAAAAGUACAUCAACGCAUUCACACUGGAGAGAAGCCGUACAGCUGUGAGCAAUGUGGGAAUACUUUUUCUCAUAGUAGUAACCUUAAGACCCAUCAGCGCAUUCACACUGGAGAGAAGCCGUACUGGUGUGAACAAUGUGGGAAAACUUUUACUGUGAGUAGUCACCUUAAAAGACACCAGCGCAUUCACACUGCCUCGUAGUGAACAUGUUUCCGAGCCAAGCUGUUUCCUCCUGCCUCCUCCUCAUGCCCUGAUAGCUGUGUUGUUAUAUUCUGAUCUUCUCUCCACAUUGAAGGCUGACCA